CUCUCCCACCCACCAGGCCACUGAGGCUAGCCACACCGGUCAGGCAACCACUCCUCCCUACUUUUCUCCUCCUUUUCUUCAUUCUCCACCCUUCAUUUCUCCUUCGUCGUUCUUUCCUCCUCCCCAUCAAGAAGGGGAUCUCCGCUUGCUUGAUUUUCAUUUGGGAAGAGGGAAGUUAUUUUUUGGUCUCAGAGUUGAAAGCGAGGAGAAGGAAUGGGCGGACGUGUGGAUCACGAGUACUCCUACCUGUUCAAGAUGGUGCUCAUCGGGGAUAGCGGCGUCGGCAAGUCCAACAUCCUCUCCCGAUUCACCCGCAACCACUUCUCCCUCGACUCCAAGUCCACCAUCGGCGUGGAGUUCGCCACCAAGUCCUUGCAGAUGGAGGGAAAAACAAUAAAGGCUCAGAUCUGGGACACAGCUGGUCAGGAGAGGUAUCGUGCAAUUACAAGCGCAUAUUACCGGGGCGCUGUAGGGGCUCUCCUUGUAUAUGACAUCACAAAGAAGCAGAGCUUUGACAAUGUUAAUAGGUGGCUGCAUGAGCUCCGUGAUCACGCUGACUCCAGCAUUGUCAUCAUGAUGGUCGGUAACAAGUCCGACCUGACACAUCUAAGGGCUGUCUCUGAGGAUCAAGGCAAGGCACUGGCAGAAAAGGAGGGCCUGUUUUUCCUUGAGACAUCAGCUAUGGAGGCUGUGAAUGUGGUAGAAGCGUUUCAGACUAUCAUCACAGAGGUCUAUGGUAUUGUCAACAAGAAAGCACUGGCCGCCAAAGAAGCAGCAGCAGCAGCUGUUCCAUUGCCUUCCCAGGGUAAAACCAUCAGCGUUGACAGUACUGUGGGCAAUUCAAAGAGGGCAUGCUGCAAUACUUGAAAUGUAGGCAUCAUACUGUAGAGAAUCUGGAGCGGGGAUAUCAGCAGAGCAGCUUAGUUGAACUGGUGGGAAGGCAUUUCUAUUCUUUUUGUUUUCUGUUGAGCGAACAUCCUGGAGUAGGCUGCUGUAGGGGCAGUUUGUUCAGCAUUUCUGGAAGUUAGAUGUGUGUAUUAGGAUUGUGUUCCAUUUUCCACUAUGAAAGUUACAUGAUACUACAAUAUAUGUCGGAUUAUACAUCAUAUUUGAUAGGACCCAAAACAAGUUUUGUUAAA